CAGAAAUGGUUUUCUUACCAUCAUUUUCUCUCUCAACAUUCCUAUUACUCUCACUAACAUUCCUAUCUACACUAACCACAACCUCCGCCGGAUCUCCUCCGCAACUCCGAUCAUCUCGUCUAAUCGAUCUCCUCAUCAGAGACUAUACAUUCAAACAUAACAUAAAAAAAACAGGAAAACCCUUCGCCGUUCAUUUGCCAACAAAUCUAUCCGGUAUUCAUGUCACCGCCACCAGACUACGCUGCGGCAGUCUCCGUCGAUACGGUUUGAAGAUCGGCGAGUUUCGUCUUGACGCCGGCGUCAGUUCUUUCCCAUGUGCAGAGAGAAUCAUAAUCGUAAGACAAAAUCUUGGAAAUGAAUGGUCUUCGAUUUAUUAUGAGAAUUUUGAACUCUCUGGUUAUAAAUUCAUCUCCCCUGUUUUGGGUCUUUUGGCGUAUAAUUAUGGGUUAAAUAAUGAUAGCACUUUUGAAGUUGGGAUUCAGGCCGGAGAUGAUCCGAUCUUGAUCGAUUUUAGUAAUCUAACGACGGCUAAAUAUGACGACGGCGGUGGCGAUGAAGGGCUUAUUCCUUUAUGUGCUAGUUUCCGGCGAGACGGUAGAGUCACGGUGGCGAGACAGGGAAAUUCAAAUAUUUGUGUGGCAAGGGAAAACGGUCAUUUUGGAUUGGUGGUUGAGAUUCCAUUAAUUCCGGCAAGGAAGAAGAAGGGCGAAGGGUGGUGGCAAGUGGCGAUCGGAGUCUCGAUAGUGACAAUGAUGGGUGUUUUCUUAAUGGCGGUUGUAAUGGUUGUUUUUAUAUCGAAGAUGAAGAGAAAAAUGAAAGAAGAGAUUGAGAGAAUUGCUUAUGAGGAAGAAGCUUUACAAGUGACAAUGGCCGGCCAUAUUAGAGCUCCAACUGCGCCAAGGCAAUAAUAGAAGAAGAAGAUUGUGUAAAUUAAAAAUUCAAUCUUUGGAACUCAUUUAAAUUCCUUUUUUUUUUUUAAAUAGAAACACUACAUGUACAAGAUAUUUUGGUUAAUUGAAUA